AUGCUGCAUUUUCAUGGUAACUAUUUGGGACUCGUAAUCAGAACCGGGCUUGUCACCGGCAUCAUUUCACUCACGGAAGGAAUUGCAGUAGGAAGGACUUUUGCGGCACUAAAGAACUACCAAGUGGAUGGAAACAAGGAGAUGAUUGCCAACGGGCUAAUGAACAUAGUCGGAUCAACCACCUCUUGCUACGUAACAACUGGUGCGUUUUCACGGUCGGCCGUGAACCACAAUGCAGGCUGCAAAACAGCACUCUCCAACAUAAUAAUGGCAGUGACUGUGAUAGUGACCCUCCUCUUUCUGAUGCCUCUUUUUCAGUACACGCCAAACGUGGUAUUAGGGGCCAUCAUCGUGACAGCUGUCGUCGGCCUUACAGACGUCCCAACCGCCUGCCAAAUUUGGAAAGUAGACAAAUUUGAUUUUCUUGUCAUGCUCUGUGCCUUUUUCGGGGUUCUCUUUAUCUCUGUACAGGAAGGCCUAGCCAUCGCGCUUGUGCUGGUGAAUCCACUUGGUGAGGUGAUCGAAAAAUUACAGUGUGCAGACAAUGCAAAAGAGUAUGAAAGGGCUGAAUGUCUGUUCUUGACUGUUGGUGAAGCAGUUUCUUUUCACCUCCAAAAUGUGAAGUCAUUCGUCUAA